UUUUUCAUCUUCCAAAAACAACUGACACUGCGCGAAUGGAAAUCCGAUUCCUAUCAUUUGUUCUACAUGAACGAAACGCAACAAAGAGUGGUGGCUAAAAUGAAGUUGGAUUUACCGUCGCAAUAUCGAUUCGAUGAGGUACAUCCGAAUUCGGAUGCUCGCUUCAUCGAGAACACCGAUAAAAGUCGUUUCGAAACGUUAAGGUAA